AUGGGGCGGACGGCCCAGUUAAUUUUUAUUGUCCUCCUCGUCCAGCAGACCGUUGCCAUACAGGAAUUUGUUGCCGAAUCGUUCAGCAGCUUCGACUUUGACAGCAAGCACUCGAUCUCGUUCAAGCAGUUGCUCUUUGUGCUGCUUGGAUUUUUAGCCACUUUUGGAGUGUUGCUAAUCGUCGUGUUCCUCUUUCACCGCUGCAUGGAAAAGCUCGGGUAUAACGACAACACCAAGCGGUUCGAGCUACCGUCUUUUGAAAACUACAAAGUCGUCGAGGAAGACGAAAAUGAGAAUAAGAGGAAAAGUUUCCAAUCGAUCCUCGUCCACUCGGAACUGAUAAAAAUGCAGGGUGAUGAAGAGGUCCUAUCCCCACUGGGUCUCGACAAAAAGCAACGUCGGGAGUUAGCCAUGCUCCUGGGUGGCUAUGUACAU